CCUGACCAACUCCGAAGAAAGCUGAAGUUCUUCUUCAUGAAUCCAUGCGAAAAAUUUCAAGCUCGUGGUCGUAAGCCAUGGAAACUGGGAGUGCAGCUCCUGAAAAUAGCAAUGGUUACUCUCCAGUUGGUUCUGUUUGGACUGAGCAAUCAAAUGGUUGUGCUCUUCAAGGAGGAGAACGCCAUCGCUUUUAAAUAUCUCUUUAUUAAAAACUACGCAGAUGCAACUGAUAAUGACAAUGACUUUGCAAUCUACACACAGAGUGAAGUCCAUGAGUAUCUCUCAUUUAUAUUCAGUCAGUAUGUGCAACUACAUAAGAUCUCAGUUGGCAAUCAUGCCUAUGAGAGGAGAGGGACCGAUUUAACACCACUGACCGUCUGUCAGUAUUUUUAUAAGUGGGGUAGUGUCAGUUCUGGCAAUGAGUCCUUCAACAUUGACCCAAAGAUUGAGACAGAAUGCUUUGACAUGGUGCCAGUGUUACCCAUGUCCAGUGGACACACAACAGACACUAAGCUGAACAUGACGUUGCAUUUUCACAGGCUGGUGAUGGUUCAGGUUCAGUUCACACUGAAGGCGAUUAAUCUACAAACAAUCCGUCAUCACGAGUUGCCAGACUGUUAUGAUUUUUCAGUUACAAUUACUUUUGACAAUAAAGCACACAGUGGAAGAAUGCAAAUUAACUUGGACAACGAUGUUUCUAUUCGGGAGUGUAAACGCUGGCAUGUAACUGGGGGCAUACAAAGGAACACUCACUACAUGAUGGUCUUUGAUGCCCUUAUUGUUGUGAUUUGUUUGAGCUCGUUAAUUCUCUGCACCCGAUCUGUUAUCAAUGGGAUAAAGCUGCAGAAUGAGUUUGUUGACUUCUUCUUGCUCCACUACAAUAAGAACGUGGCGUGGUCUGACCGCAUGGAGUUUGUCAAUGGCUGGUACAUCCUGAUCAUCAUUAGUGAUUUGCUGACCAUCAUUGGAUCUGUCCUAAAAAUGGAAAUUGAGGCUAAGAGCUUUGCAUCCUAUGACAUUUGCAGCAUCUUAUUGGGAACAGCCACAUUGCUGGUUUGGGUUGGAGUCAUCCGAUAUUUGGGCUUUUUUGAAAAGUAUAAUGUCCUUAUUAUAACGCUGCGAGCAGCCUUCCCCAAUGUUAUUCGGUUUUGUUGCUGUGCCUCUAUGAUUUAUCUGGGUUACUGCUUCUGUGGCUGGAUUGUACUUGGACCCUACCAUCAAAAGUUUCGAUCCCUGAAUAUGGUUUCCGAGUGCCUCUUCUCCUUGAUCAAUGGGGAUGACAUGUUUGCCACUUUUGCGGCAAUGCAGGACAAGAGCUAUGUGGUCUGGGUGUUCAGUCGCAUCUAUCUGUCCACCUUCAUCACCCUCUUCAUCUACAUGGUUCUAAGUCUCUUCAUAGCCCUGAUUACUGACACUUACGAAACUAUCAAGCUUUACCAGCGGAACGGCUUUCCUCAGACUGACCUGCGUGUAUUUAUAGCUGAGUGUAAAGACCUGCCAGAUUCUGGCAGGUAUCGAGUGGAAACAGAGAUGCCCCUCUCUCUCGCUUGCUGCUGUCGCAGGUGA